AUGAUUAGAUCUGUUUUUUGUAGUGACAAAUUGAGAUUAGUAAUUCGUCGUCAUAAUUCCACCGUUGUCAACAAGACUAUUGCAUCUAUUAAUGAAAACACAGAAGCUUUCCCUUAUCAAACGGUUCUAAAUGAUUUCUUCCAAUAUAUUAGGACACCCAAAAAUUUAAAACCGUUAAUCUAUCGUCCAAAGAACAAGAAUCUUUUAUUUGCCAUGGAUUUAAAGGAUAAAAAAACUAAUAAACCAUUACAACCAAGAGACCCAUUUAAAGUGCCAAGUAAAAGUGUUUUAACCCAAUUUAUCUGGGAAUCAAAAGAUCCAAGUAGUAUUAAAUGGUUAAUUAACGAAUUAGAACAUUUAAAUAAUAGAAAAUCUAUAUUCUGGACGGAUUAUUUUUCCGGUACCCAUGUCCGUUCUUUAAUUUUGAGUAGUUAUUUUAAACAUAGUGGGGUUUUAUCAAGUCUAGCUUUCUAUUUUGUUAAUUCUGCUUUAAGAACCAAAUUUGUACAGAACAAAAACAAAACAAACAUUGGUAAUGUUUACAACAUGGAAGACUAUUUGGUUCCAAGCUAUACUGUUAGACUAUCAAAAAAAAAUAUAUUUAAUUGUGAACCAAAUGUUUCCAAAUUGGUUCAUCAAUGGAAUUUUGUAAAAGACUCCAAUGAAACCACUGGUUUAGCCAAGUUAUUGAUUAAACAGUUGCUUGGGGAAAAGAAAGCUCUUGAAUUGGGCUUUAUUAAAAAAUGGAAGGAUGACGUUACUUUACCAACUAUAGAUGUUGUUGAAACUUCCUUGGGUAAAUGUGCUGAUUAUCUACACAAACAAAAAUCUGUAUUUUUUACCUGCAGAACUUUAAUUGAUUCUGGAUUACAAGACAAUAAAGAAAUUUCCAGAUUUAUUGAAGAAUACAAAGCUUGUUUGGCAAAAACCAAAAGGGUAGAUUUAUACGACGAGGUUGUCAAUAAUUUGAAAAUAUCUCAUGAAAAUAUUCAAAAAGAGGGAAAUAAAAAUGAACAAAAAGAACCAGAAAAAAGUGGGUGA